GUAUUUCUCAAGAGUGAUCGGGUUGCAAGAAUGGUCCACAGUGGAGGAUGUUCUGCAAAUGACUUCAGAGAUGUUUUUAAGAAAAACAUAGAAAAGAGAGUCCGAAGUUUGCCAGAAAUUGAUGGGUUAAGCAAAGAGACAGUGUUAAGUUCUUGGCUAGCGAAAUAUGAUGCCAUAUACAGGGGAGAAGAGGACCUUUGCAAACAGCCGAAUAGAAUGGCCUUAAGUGCUGUAUCGGAGCUGAUUCUGAGCAAGGAACAGCUUUAUGAAAUGUUUCAGCAGAUUCUAGGGAUCAAAAAAUUGGAGCACCAGUUGAUUUAUAAUGCCUGUCAGUUGGAUAAUGGAGAUGAGCAAGCAGCCCAGAUCAGACGUGAACUAGAUGGACGACUACAAUUGGCAGAACAAAUGUCAAGGGAAAGAAAAUUCCCAAAAUUCGUAACAAGAGAAAUGGAGAACAUGUACAUAGAAGAGCUACGGUCUUCAGUGAAUUUGCUGAUGGCAAAUUUGGAAAGUCUUCCAGUGUCUAAAGGUGGGCCGGAAUUUAAACUGCAGAAGUUAAAGAGAUCACAGAAUUCUGCGUUCUUGGACAUAGGGGAUGAAAAUGAGGUUCAGCUGUCAAAGUCUGAUGUGGUCCUCUCCUUCACAUUAGAGAUUGUUAUAAUGGAGGUACAAGGUUUAAAGUCAGUCGCUCCCAAUCGAAUUGUCUACUGCACCAUGGAAGUAGAAGGGGGCGAGAAGCUUCAGACGGACCAAGCAGAAGCUUCCAGGCCACAGUGGGGAACCCAAGGGGAUUUCACCACUACUCACCCUCGGCCUGUUGUCAAAGUAAAACUCUUUACAGAAAGCACCGGGGUGCUGGCACUUGAAGAUAAAGAACUGGGAAGAGUAGUGCUGUAUCCAACAUCCAAUAGCCCGAAGUCACCUGAUCUGCAUAAAAUGAUAGUCCCCAAAAACAGCCAGGACAGUGAAUUGAAAAUUAAACUGGCAGUGAGAAUGGAUAAACCACCUCACAUGAAGCACUGUGGAUAUUUGUACGCUCUAGGACAGAAGGUUUGGAAGCGGUGGAAAAAACGCUACUUUGUUCUUGUUCAGGUUAGCCAAUACACAUUUGCAAUGUGCAGUUACAGAGAAAAGAAAUCCGAGCCUCAGGAACUGAUGCAACUCGAAGGAUACACUGUGGAUUAUACAGCUCCUCACACAGGUCUUCAAGGUGGUCGAAUGUUUUUCAAUGCUGUUAAAGAAGGCGAUACCGUGAUAUUUGCCAGUGACGAUGAGCAGGAUAGAAUACUUUGGGUUCAAGCCAUGUACAGAGCUACAGGUCAAUCAUACAAACCUAUUCCUGCAAGUCAAGCUCAGAAGAUGAAUCCCAACACAGAUAUAUCCCCGCUUUCUGGCAAAGAUACAGACCGUGGUCAGAAACAUGGCAUGGAUGAGUUUAUUUCUGCUAAUCCCUGUAAAUUUGACCAUGCUUCCCUCUUUAGACUGCUUCAGAGGCAGACCUUGGAUCACAGAUUGAAUGACUCCUAUUCUUGUUUGGGUUGGUUUAGCCCAGGUCAAGUCUUCGUAUUAGACGAAUACUGUGCUCGCUAUGGAGUGAGAGGCUGUCACCGCCAUCUUUGCUAUCUCAAUGAAUUGAUUGAACAUUCAGAAAAUGGUUCUGUCAUUGAUCCCACCUUGCUGCACUACAGUUUUGCAUUUUGUGCUUCUCAUGUUCACGGUAACAG